AACAGGAGAGGAAACUGCGAUAGUCCUUGAUUGGGAUGUUAAUUCUUUCUGUCAUCUAGGACAUUCGUUGGUAGAGAUUUUCACUUAAGAGCAUAACGACCCAUUUGAAAUUUAGUCUGUGGGAGCUCCUUCCUGCUUUGGUCUGAUUCUCUGUGGUUUGGACAUCUGUUCACGCAGUAAGUUAGGAGAUCACACUGAAAAGGGUGAGAUAUUCCUGGUAUUCUCAAUGGCCCCUGAGAGUCCCCAGACCCUACUUUGCAGAGAAAUUAGUUUUCCUCAGCAGCAGCAGAAGACGUACAUCCUCUUUAUUAAAUGAGAUCACAAACUCAUCUUGAUCUGUCUUGCCUAAUAGGAGAUAUGUUCACCAGGAUGUUAAAACUGAGACUUCUCAAUGCUGUAGCGCCUGCAUACUUCUUCAUGGCUACAGCAGUCACCUUCAUUUUGCACUUCUGCUUCUUCAUCCCGACGAUCUUCCCAAACCCGGACACAUCGCUGAGGGGGUCUGCAACUCUUCACACAGUGGUUUUCCUUUUCUUGAUGUUCAACGCACUGGGGAAUUACAUAAUGACUAUCAAGUAUCCGGCUGAAAGCGCCAACGAGACUGUGGUGCCGGUGUGUUCGCCACACUGCUCGGACAAAGUGGACGCACACUACCUCCUAAACGGCCGCCACUUCUGCAAACUGUGUAAGAAGGUCAUUCUCAAGAGGGAUCACCACUGCUUUUUCACUGGAAACUGCAUUGGCAACAAAAACAUGCGCUACUUCCUCAUGUUCUGCAUCUAUACAUCAUGCACUUGUUUGUACUCCUUGGUUCUUGGUGUUGCCUUUUUAACAGUGGAGUACUCCAUCUCCUUUGAGAACCCGCUGACCUUCUUGACUCUUCUCCCCCUCUCCACUGGCUACUUCUUCAUGGGAACAAUCUCAGGCUUGCAGUUGUUCCUGGUGCUGAUGCUCUAUGUGUGGCUGGGCAUCGGCCUGGUCUGUGCAGGCUUCUGCUGCCAGCAGGUGCUGCUGGUGGCCCGGGGACAGACCUGGUGUCAGAUGCAGAGGGGGCAGCUCGUGGAGAACCGCAGCCCCUGGAGAACCAACCUUAAGGAUGUUUUUGGUACUCGCUGGAUCCUUGGCCUUAUCCUGCCUGUGCAGACAGUGGAGCUGUGUCCUGAAGACACAGAUGCACAUAAACAAGACUGAGUGAUAAUCACAAGUCAUAUCAAUAGCUCCAAAUAGGUCACAAGUUGUAGAAAAUUCUGUCUUGGGAUCCAUAUGGUGAUUGAUUUGAAAUACUAAAUGGAUGCUUUAUGACCUUUGAAGUAGUCCAUGAAAUAGUUAGCUGUUAGCACACAUUCCUUUAAGGACAGGAGCCAUAUAUCUGUGUGAAACCUUUUAAUAAGUGAAUAGUGUAAGUGUAUCCCUUAAGUAAGUAGCUUUUGACAAGGCAAUAUAAGAGUAAUAAGUUUGUUGUUUGGGACAUCCAGCAGUUUUACACUCACAUGCUACAUGCUUACAUCAAAAUAGAAAGAUGGCUUGGCAUAAGUGCAUGCAUUCACAGUUUUGCGUUUUUAUUUUAUGCUAUUGGUUUGAAUGCCUGCAACAUGCGGAGCUCCGAGAUUACCAGUCAAGUGUGUUGUUCUUCCACACUUCCUUGUAGGAUGCUACAAUGUGACAUUCAGGAAACUUAAGUUCUUUUUUGUAACAAUAAGGGCUAGCAGACAAGGAAUCUACAGUCAGUGUUAUUAUUAAACUGCCAGGCUUGAAAACAUU